AACAAGCUAGGCCUAAAAUCUCCUGUGCCGAAAUCUGACAACGAUAUGGAAAAACUCAAGAGAGAAAAUGCUGCUUUGAAAAAGAAACUGGAGGAAUCGUCCAAGUCAAAGAUGUCUGAUGCAGAGAGGAAUAAACUGUUUGAGAAAAUACUUGACCUGGAAACGCAGAAAGUGAAAAACAGUCAGGAUAUGUCUCGACAAGAUGAAAUCGCACGGAAUCGUACUGAUGCGCUGAAUGCCAGAAAUAGAGGGCUGGUCCUAGCGGCAGGGGAAGCCAGAAGAAUAGAGAACAUUUCCAGUGAGAUUCGCAAGCAGAUUCCAGAAGUUCCACCACGUAUAGUUCAGUCCAAGACCAGCACGCCACAGACUAGACAGGAUCCACGUAAAGAGGCAGCUAUGAGUAAUGUCCAGAUCCUGGAAGCACAGUUAAAAGAUGCUCUAGAGAAGAACCAGCAGUGGUUGGUUUAUGACCAGCAACGCGAGGCCUAUGUCCAAGGACUGAUGUCUCGAAUUUUCGAUCUGGAACAGCAGGUGGCCAGCACCAAACAAAACAAAGAGCAGACAAAGGAGAUCAGCUGUGAUGCUAAAGAAGAUGAUAAACAGAAAUAUUAUGACCGGCUUCUUAUCGCUGCCAAAAAAGAUCUUGAAGGUGAGCGUCAGAUCACAGGACAGUUAAAUUCAGAACUUGCUGAAAUGAGACUGAACCUUAAUGAGAAGAAGAAAGAGGCAGCAGACUUGUCAAUCGCCUUGAAAUCCCUGAGUGAGACCGAGUGGCAGCAACGGGAUGAUGACCGUAGACAUCUAAAGGACAAGAUGCAGAGGCUGAGGAGAGAACUGGAUGUGUAUCGGGAAAUGUAUGAAGAGGAGAGGAGAAAAAACUCUGACCUGACUUCUCAGAUUGAGAUGAUGGAGAACUCACUGCUGAGACAGCAAGAGGACCAGCUGACGGUUGCCGCUUUGGAGCAGCAGAUCCAGAAGUGCACCUCUGACUUGGAAAAUGAGAAGAUUGACAGGCAUAAUGUUCAGCACCAGCUUUAUAAAGUUCUAAAGGAACUGCGUAAAACCCAGGAACAGAUAACAAAGCUGGAGCCGGGGAAACGUGACAUUUAUUUUGUCGAUUCCUCUGCCAAUUUCAUGUCCGAGUUUGAUGAUAAACUGUCCAUGCGAGAGAAAUACCCGUCUCCAAAACCCAAAAAUCUACUUGAUGAAAGUUUCCUAACGUGUCCACGGUGUCAAGCCAUGUACCCCACCAGCCAGCACCGCGAACUCCUUGCCCACGUUGACAUCUGCACCAGCUGAGGAACUGACCUGAUGCUUUCUAGAGCUGUCAAAGG